GGUUCAAUAAUCCCCAGCCAGCCCGUCACUCCCCUCUAAACUUGAGGAAACCCGAAGGUAAACUUUGGGAAGACUUGCUGAAAAGUUUUUAGCACCUCAAUGUAGUCGUUUAAUAAAAGAAUCGCUUUAAAAUGAACGACAUGACACCUGAAGCAACAAGGAGCACGAAGUCUUCGCUUUGACGCGCGACGCAAGUACAAAUGGACAGAACGCGCAGGUUCAUUUUGGGAAUAAUAACAGCUGUUGUCCUAUGCAAAUACUCCCAAGCUGAAUGGAAUACCACAAAGCCACCAGCGAAUAGGACUGUGUCCUACGAUCACCAUGACAACUGCAGCAACUGCACAGACUCAACUGAUGACCCCAAAUGGAGUGGACACUUCUCUAUGUGUCCAAAAGAAUACAAGCAUUACUGUAUCCAUGGUGUUUGCCGUUUUGUAAAGGAGCAGAACACUCCUUCAUGCAGAUGUGAAACGGGAUAUAUUGGAACUAGAUGUGAAUAUCUUGAUCUUGCUUACCACGUAGAAGAACGAAGGAAAAUAGUCAUCGCGUGUGUGGUCGCAGGAUUGGUCUUUCUGAUUGUGCUCAUCGUCUUCAUAUGCGUCUGUACACACAAACGAUAUAAACCAUGUAGAAAAAAGAAGACAAAAAAGCAAACAAGUGAUGAAGAUGAGAAGCUCAAUUCAUUAAACACACAUGAAGCUUUAGCUGCUCCAGUCGACACAUCUGACACAAAUGCUGUAUGAAUGAAACAGUGAAGUGAUCCUGCCAGGCUUGGUAAUGGCGUGAUUGUGGUGUGGAAAUAAGGACUUGUCCUGCCGAGUGAUGAAAGCGGUGCUUUACGGUAAUCCCGAGUGGACUUUAAAUGAACUUUGAAGAUAUGGUGUGUCAGGCAACCUUUGCCAUUCUCUGCGCUACUGUUUACCUCAUUCUUCAUGCCACACUUUUCAGAAGAAAAGUUGGAGAUGAACCGAACGUAUAUGCUGAAUGAGAACGUGUUUUAUAAUUCAUAUAAUUCAAGAGGUGGCGUGCAUAAGCUGAAUGCAAACAAAGCUAAUUAUAGGCGUAUUUAUAUUGCAUAUAAUGCACAGAUAGGUGCAAAGAUAUUAAGUUAAAUAAUAAAUUGUUAUAUUCACAGAUUCUGGAAGUAGUUCUCCCAACAUCAUUGGACCAAAUUUUCCCUUAGCUUUGAUUUAUUUAUUAUCAUGUACAUAGAAAAUAUGUUGGUUGUUUGGUGUUAAAAAGAGUAUAUUUUAGAGUAUAAAUUGUGAAAUUAUUAAUGUGAUAGUGUAUUUUAUGUGUUCAUUGAUGCAAAAAAAGCGAGAGAGAUAGAAGUAUUAGCCAUAAUAAAAAUGUUUAGAAAAAUGUAGAUAAAAAAAUAAUACCUUUUUAUAUAUUUUUGUGAGUAUUUAGUGAGGUACAGUUUGGAAAUAUUUGAUGACAAACUUUUUUCCCCCAUUUUGACCAUGAUUUUGAUUGUAAGCACUAAAAACAUUUGAGAAUUUCUUUGAAUGCAAGGUGGUAUUUACUUCACACCAUAAAUUACCAUACUAUAAAAUGUCUUUUUCUCACUCAUGUCAGUAUUUUUAUUACUGUAGUGUUGUGUUACACCAGAAGGUUUAAUUUGCAGUGGGUGUUCCAUUGGUUGCAUUUUUGUGGUAUUGUAAGUGCUUGCAUUGUGUUCUGUAAACAAGGUGAAUGUGGCACAUAAACCGAUCAUUUCUUCACACCAAGGUGAAAAAUGUCCAUGGAAUGUGCAAAGGUGCUUAGCUAGAAUAAACUCUCCACCAAUCCUGUUUCCAAGAAAUGUUCCAUCUACUUUAUUGUUUGUUUUUCGCCCUAGUUACGACUGCCCUCAAACAUCCAGUCUGUGGGAUUAUUUAACCUUUAUCAUUAUAGAUAAAGCUUUGAAGAGCCGUCUUGUCUGAAGAACUUUUAUUACUCAUAAAUUUUUGAAUCCUCAGUGUGGGUUGACGCCAAUAGAAACUGGCUGGUGUGACCAGACCUCGUGUUUUGAGCACAGCCAUAAAUAGCUCGCCUUUGCCUGAUGUCAGGGGUUGGAGAACGACAGGAAUCCAGCAC